AUGCGUUUCCCGGUAGUUCUCGUCGCGACCACCUCAUGUCUCGCUCUCUCGGCCACCGCCAUCCCCCGCCCCGAUCCCGCACACCAGCUCGCCGCGCGGGCCUUGAUCAUCGGCGGCGGCGCAUCGGACUCGGCGACGGACACGAACACGAACACCGCGUCCGCAACGACCACCGCUCCCGCCGCGAGCAACACCGACACCAACACGAACACCAAUACCGCUACCAACACCAAUACCAACACCGCAUCAAACACUGACACCAACACCAACACCGCAUCCAAUACCGACACCAACACUAACACCGUUACUAAUACCAACACCGAUACCAACACGAACACGAACACCCAGACCUCGGCCACGCCUACCCAAACUCCGACGCAGACGUUGACCCCCACCCAGGCGCCGACUACUAGCGCACCGCCAACGACGUCGCAAGCCCCGAAGACGUCCGCGUUCGUUACGACCAACGACGAUGGCGAGGCGGUCACUACUACUGUCGUUGUGGGUGCCACGGACACUGCGGCCACCUCAUCCGCGUCCGCGUCCGCCGGUGCCGACAAGAACAACGACAACAGCGAUUCAAACUCGGGCGGCGUCAAAACUGGCACCAUCAUUGGCCUCGCGGUCGCCGGCGGCGUCGCCGUUAUUGGCAUCGUCGCAUUCUUCAUCUGGAAGUUCACCCGGAAGCGGUUCAACGAUGACCUUGAUGACAACGAGGCUAUCAAGUGGCCCGAGCUAGGCGGCAACCACUCGGACGCGUUCGGCAAGUCGCCCUCCGGCGGCUUCGGCUCUCCCUCAGAGGACGCGCUCUCCCGUCCCGACUCGCGCGUGGGCGGUGGCGGCUACGCCCAAUCCGUCGCGGCCUCUUCUACUGCCGAGUUCUACCCCGCCGCCGCGGACCCGUACGCCGUCCCGCCUUUGCCGCACAUGAACCCCGCUCAGCCGCCGACGUCCUACCGCGACGAUCCGAACGCGCCCGCCUCGUUCUACGAUCCGUACUCGGGCCCCGUCCCGCACACGCUCGCCGCGCAAGACGGCAUGGAGGCGAUCCCGAUGACCCAGCUCCGCGCGCCGAGCCCGGGCCCCGCCCGCGCGCUGAGCCCGCAGCCGCCCCAGAUGAGCGCGUUUGACCCUGCCGCGCGCACGCUGAGCCCCGCGCCGCCGCAGAUGGGAUACGGGUACGACCCCGCCGCACGCACGUUGAGCCCGGCGCCCAGCAUGGGCCCCAUGCGCGGACCGUCGCCUGGGCCUCCGGCGGCGUACACCAGCGCCGCCCCUGCCGGCUACCGGUGACGAGAUGGAUGAUCAGGGUGCGCUCUCGGCGUGACAGCUCGGCGUUGAGCGUUGAUGCCUGUUGCGCGCGUGCCCGAUACCCCUUCCCGAGGUGCAUAGCAUGGAUGCUCAGCGACGUUGUUUGGUGUUUGGAGUUUUGGAUCGCAUGGUCGUGGUGAUGGUUGGUAAUAUCGUCCGCUAGCAUAGCGCUGUCGGGUUCCUACGGUAGCGGUUCUUGUUUCGGAUGGGCGGACACGGACGCCACAUAUACAUACGCACACUUUUUCCCCCUCAAUCCGCUUUCUUGUCCCUCAUUCUCGCUUUCGAACGACGCUCGCCGCACGCAUGAAUGCCUCGGGUAUAUACAUACUGUUCUCAUACCACAAGCAGACAUCGCUUCGGAUCGAAAUAUACGAAUAUUAAUGCUUGCC